UACCUCUCAUUAUUGCAUCUGACUCUACCUUGUGGCUGACGCAGCAGAGCAGAGGCAGUGAGAGAAGAAACCCGCCACCAGCAUCCUGCACCAUGGAGGCGGCCACAGCACCAAAGCCAUGGACAUUAUAUGCAUUAGGAGGAAACAGCUCGCUGUUUGCUAUUAUAAUGUUCAUUUUAAGCCAGUGUUGUCGGAUAAGAGCAGAUGACGGCGGCAUUGAGGAACUUGCCACGGAGAAAGAGGCAGAGGAAAGUCACAGGCAGGACAGCGUGAAUUUACUUACAUUCAUUUUGCUAUUGACACUCACUAUCCUCACAAUAUGGCUCUUCAAACACAGAAGAGUGCGCUUCCUGCACGAAACAGGACUGGCUAUGAUAUACGGUCUGUUGGUGGGUGUUAUUUUGCGGUAUGGCAUCCCCUCCACCAGUUACCAUAAUAAAACUCCUCCGAGUUGCACUCUGCAGGAGCGUCCUGUCAGCACGGUGCUCCUCAACGUUAGCGGAAAGUUGUUUGAGUACACACUCAAGGGGGAGAUCAACCUUAGAGAAAUCCACAGUGUGGAGCAGAAUGACAUGUUGCGCAAGUUGACCUUUGACCCAGAGGUGUUUUUCAACAUUCUGCUACCUCCCAUCAUAUUCCAUGCCGGAUACAGCCUCAAAAAGAGACACUUCUUCAGAAACUUAGGAUCCAUCAUAACUUAUGCUUUCCUGGGAACUGCCAUUUCCUGUUUCGUCAUUGGAAACCUGAUGUAUGGCGUAGUGAAAAUGAUGCAGGUUUUGGGUCAACUCACGGACAAGUUCUACUACACAGACUGCCUCUUCUUUGGUGCUGUAAUAUCUGCCACCGAUCCAGUCACAGUGCUUGCGAUCUUUAAUGAGCUCCAUGCUGAUGGUGAUCUCUAUGCACUGCUGUUUGGAGAGAGUGUUAUGAACGAUGCAGUCGCCAUAGUCCUUUCAUCGUCAAUUAUGGCGUAUCAGCCUGCAGGAGCCAACACGCAUACAUUCGAUGCCUCUGCCUUCUUCAAAUCGGUGGGCAUCUUCUUGGGCAUCUUCAGUGGCUCUUUCGCUAUGGGUGCAGUCACUGGAGUAGUCACUGCCCUCGUGACAAAAUUCACCAAGCUGCACUGCUUCCCUCUGCUGGAGACUGCUCUGUUCUUCCUCAUGUCUUGGAGUACUUUUCUACUGGCUGAAGCUUGUGGAUUCACAGGUGUUGUCGCUGUGCUGUUUUGUGGAAUCACACAGGCCCAUUAUACCUACAACAAUCUGUCGGAGGAGUCAACUAAACGCACUAAACAGUUGUUUGAGGUGCUGCACUUCCUAGCAGAGAACUUCAUCUUCUCAUACAUGGGCCUGGCACUCUUCACCUUUCAGAAGCACGUCUUCAGCCCCAUUUUCAUAUUUGGAGCCUUUAUAGCCAUCUUUAUCGGCAGGGCCUUGAACAUCUACCCUCUGUCUUUCCUGAUUAACCUGGGCCGAAGACACAAAAUCAGAGGAAACUUUCAGCACAUGAUGAUGUUUGCAGGGCUGCGAGGGGCAAUGGCAUUCGCUCUGGCUAUCCGUGACACCGCUACGUACGCCCGGCAAAUGAUGUUCACUACGACCCUGCUCAUUGUGUUCUUCACAGUUUGGGUGUGUGGAGGAGGCACCACGCCAAUGCUGUCCUGGCUACAUAUCAGGGUUGGAGAGACCACUGCUGCGGAGAAGGAGAGGCUGCGUAGACUGUGGAAUUACGUCAGAGUUGGAGUGGACCCUGAUCAGGAUCUUCAGCCAUGUGGGGACAGCUUCCAGGUCCUUCAGGGAGAUGGAAGCCAGUCAGAAGGACAGAGCAAGACCAAGCAAGAGAGCGCCUGGCUCUUUAGACUCUGGUAUACUUUUGAUCACAAUUACUUGAAGCCUAUCCUGACCCAUAGCGGGCCCCCUUUGACCUCCACUCUGCCGGCCUGCUGCGGUCCGCUAGCUCGAUGUCUGACCAGCCCCCAGGCCUAUGAGCAGAACCACGAGCCGCUGCAAGACAAUGACUCAGACCUCAUCCUGAACGAAGGAGACCUGACGCUGACCUAUGGCGACACGUCCAUCACAGCCAACGGGGCCUCGUCCUCCUCCGGCCUCGAAGGAUCGGGCGGAAGCUGGGGUGUGAACGGCAAACGCAGCGACAGCACAUCGGAGGAUGCUCUGGAGCGAGAACUGGACACGCGUGAACAUGAGCUCUUGAGCCGCGGCACACGUCUUGUUUUCCCCAUGGAGGACCACGCUUGACCCUGCCUCCCAAACCUUAAACCACGUCUCCCUGUGCUCCACACCUCCACUUUUCUUGCACAUUGAUCCAUCAGAACACCCAUGACCCCUCCAAAGAUCUCAUGCAGGGGGUCUGAAAUCUUAAAGGAAAAGAAAGAUGGAGAGCAGGAGGGUUUGUGCUCUGAUGUAUUCAGAGAACGGAGGCAACAUAAUUGAUGCUGUGGCAGACUCUGAUUCUGUGUCUACCCAUGAAAAUGUGAUUUGUAGGAGGAAAAAAAAUAUAUAAAACUGCUAUUAAGAAUGCAUAUGGAACAGCUCUGGACAUUCAAUGUCCUUAUGGCUGUCAUUUAUGAUGAGGGAUUCAUGCCGAACAGUCUCUGCUGCCCUUAACAUUCAAAUUCAUACGAUCUCACACACACUGCCCGCCGCAUAUUAACAUUUUAGCUUAGUAG